UCUUCUCUAAGUUCCCUCAUCUCUACCAUCCUUUUUUCAAUCAAGCUUUGCUGCUUGCUGCUUAAACCUUCUCCCCACCCAACUGAAAAUUCCAUCUUCCCAGGCCUCCUCCUCUUUGACUGCCUCAAAAUCUGACAACUUCCCUCCUCUGGGCUAUUACUGAAGAAUUGAUCAGUUACCACUGCCAUCGCCAACAACAAUGGGAAUCUCCAUAAACGGUGGUGGUGGUGGUGGUGGUGGUGGUGGUUUAAGCUCAAAACAUUACCUUGUCCAGAAGAUCUUCCUUCUCUGCAAUUACCUCCUAUUGGGUGCUGCCUCAAGCUGUAUCUUCCUCACCCUGUCCCUCCGCCUCUUGCCGUCGGUUUGCGGUCUCUUUCUCAUCCUCCUCCACGCUUUCACCAUUGUGGGCGCCGUUUCCGGCUGUAACGCUGCCUCGUCGGGGACUAACCGAUGGUACGCAGUGCACAUGGUAUUUACGGUCCUAACGGCUAUAUUUGAAGGGUCUGUUUCAGUGCUGAUAUUUACAAGAGCAGGAGAUUUCUUACAGGGGUUGAAAUCGUACGUUGAGGAAAAAGAUGGAGUGGUGAUAUUGAGAAUGGCGGGUGGGCUUUGCGUCUUGAUCUUUUGUCUUGAAUGGAUUGUGUUGACACUUGCGUUUCUGUUGAGGUAUUAUGCUUUUGUGGAAGGAGACGGUGUGAAGAGGAGUGCCAAGGUUCAGGAGGUGGACCAGGAGGAGAGUACCACCAAUGAUUGGCCAUGGCCGUUCCAAGUUUAGAGCCCCCCCAUGGCCUUCUUCAGUGCUGUGGUGGAUACUGGAUACCUAUACUAAUCUUAUUUGGUGGUCGUAUUGUGUGAUUCUUCCUUCUGCUCUGGUGAUGAACAGAGAUGAUAUUUGUUUAAUUAUUUUAUUUUUCUGUCUAAUUAAUUAUUCCAUUCCUCCUCAUCAUAUUGUUUAAUUAAUUAAAUAUAUGAUUCUGGUGAUUCUCCACUAA